UUGUUCUUGACUGUAUCACAUGGUCUUCAUCAGCAGGUUGAGUUUGUUCAGUUGUUACAAAGCUGGAGGACUUCUCAUCCAUGCUGGUUUAAACACUGAGACUGAUGUGCUGCUGUGUGAUAUGGUUGAAAGCUCCAGAAGAGUAAAUGGACCUUGAGUUGAGAUAGUUAGUCAGGUAUUGCAGUACAAGUAUGUAGAAACAAGUUUUUGCUUUAAAUUAUGCAGUCCACACGUUUUUCCACACUAGCAUGUUUCUGUAGGCUUGCUUUAAAUGCAGAGUGCAGUCUGACUCCUCUCUGCUCUUUCUGCCUCUUCAGCAUCUCACAGCUUCUUCAAGUCAACAUCCCAGAUACCAAAACAGCUGUUUCAUCCUCACCGUGUGGAGUCUCUCUGACAGGCAGCACCAUGGCAACGCCGGGUCUGGGGACGAUGGCUGAUAGAGAGGAGCUUUUGAAGACACUGAAAGAGUUGGGAGAUGAAGAAUUCAAGAAAUUUAAGAGGCACUUUCAGCAGCUGAACAUCCCAGGAGGCUCCUCAGUCAUCCCAAAGAGUUAUCUGGAGAAAGCAGACAGGUCGGACGCUGUAGAUAAGAUAGUAGAGACCUACAACCAACAGUCUGUGGAGGUGGUGAGGAAGAUCUUGGAGAAGAUCAACAGGAAUGAUCUAGUGGAGAAACUGUCAAACACCAACACAGGAGCUCACGGUACCGAUAUGGACAGAAACAAGGAGAAGCAGUCAGUGAACAUUUCUGAAGAGGGAAACAGGAAGGAGCAUCAAACAGAAACACUGCUCAGCAGACUUCAUCUUCUAGACAAAUAUGAACAGAAGUUAACACCAGCUGACUUUCUUAAAAUAGUUCCACCUGUAAAACAUCAUCAUGACACAUCUGAGAAAGAUCUAGCUCACACUUUUCUUCAGAGGCUGAUGAUGUUAGACCACAGAGCCAGAUACAUUCCUGUAAGACAAGACAGUCCUGAGGUGACACAUGAUCUGGUGCUUGAUGAUUUAGAUGAUUUUUUUAGCACCAGUGUUGACUCUGAUCAGACAAAACAGUCUCAUGUGCAUCCAAUGGAUGUUCAAAUGUCAGUAUUUCACUGCUCAGACAGCUUCCUUAAGCAGAUCAUGAUUACAAAGCUCUCACAGUGUCAGUACACCUUACCUUUGCUUGUUCCCGACCCCGUCACAAUGGAUAUCGAGUGUCCUCUGUGGACAUUCAGACAAAUAGUAAAAAGCUGGAAGAUAACUCAAACAAAAGGUAAUUCCAACAUUGUCACCAUGAAGAGUAUGCCCAUCUGCAAAGCUGCGACGCCCAUGGUGUCAUUUUUCCGUCUUGGUUCACUAUCAGUGUCUAAAUCUCAGCUGAUCAACACUUUGAUCAACGACCGUCACAGCACCUUCUUCCACAGAAACUGCCCAGGAAGCACCAAAUCUCGCCAUCUGAUGGACGGUGUGGCGGAGAUAGCAUGGUACUGCCCAGCUGGAAAACCCAAUGAUGCCUUCACUGACUGCAUUGCCUUCUGUAAUCUUCAUGGUGAUGCUCUGGUGAUUGACAAACAGCGUGAAAUACUGAUGGAAAAAUCUUCAGUCAAUGUUGUUCUGUUAGCAACUCCGGAGAGAGGUGACAGAAGUACUACAGUUAUCUCAGACCUUCUCAAGUCUUCAAAACCUCUCAUUUGUCUCAUUGUUGAUAAUGACUGUGGUGCAGUUAAGACCAAAGAGGGAAAAUACAAAAUGGGUCUGAAAGACAGAAGCUGGUCGAAUGUUUCUGAAGAACUGAAACGAAUCAUUGGAAACAUUUUGUCUGGACCACAUUCAUCCUUCCAGCUAGAAACCAUGGCUGAGGUCUCUGGAAUCAGAGUGGAUGAAGAUGACACAGUCUGCAAAAAAGGAAAAUCUGCUGCAAUGAAAAUAGUGAAUGUACUUAACGGGAAGGAUGUUUCAAAGAUCAAAGAUGAAUUUCUGCCUUGUCAAGGCCGACUGUGGCAUGACUGGUGCAAAAUAAACAAGGAACAGUAUCACCUCAAAGGGAACAUUGAGAAGGAGAAAUGUAAAAAACAACAGGAACUAAAGAGAAUACGUCAAGAACAAUGUGCUGCUUCCCGUAGUGACCUGAUCAAGCUGUUCAUUGAAAGCCUCUCGUCUCUGCCAUCAGAGGAGAGAAAAUAUUUCCUGAAAUGGAUUCAGAUCUUGCUAGAUGCUCUCUCCACAGAUGAUCUGUCUUUAAUUCUCCAGAAGUAUGACGAAAAAUGGUCUGACGUCUUGGAUUUGAAGAAGAAACAUGACAACUCUGAUCAGCUAAUAAAGAAGAAAAUUCAGCUUGAAGAAAUAUCAGCAAAACUACAGUCAGCUACUUUUGGAUUAGAGCACAUCCUCAGAGAAAUUGGACAGAUCUAUGAAGCCCAUAAAUCUCUGCAGAACCAAAGAAAGACUGACUGGUGUAAAUAUCCUGAGCUGGCUGCAGAGCUGAUGAUAUCAGGACAUCCAAUGGAGCUGAUGGAUGGUGAUGCAGGUCAUGUGCCUUUAACAUGGAUCUCUAGUCUGUUAGAUGAAGUCAUCAUGAAACUGGGAGAUCAGAGAGUUUUUGUUUUGUCAGUUCUGGGUGUACAAAGCAGUGGAAAAUCAACCAUGCUGAAUGCCAUGUUUGGGUUACAGUUUGCAGUCAGUGCUGGCAGGUGCACCAGGGGUGCCUUCAUGCAGCUGGUCAAAGUGUCAGAGGAGAUGAAGAAAGACUUUCAGUUUGACUACGUUCUAGUUGUGGACACUGAAGGACUGCGUGCUCUUGAGUUGGCAGGUAACACCACUGUUCACCACGACAAUGAACUGGCAACAUUUGUGGUUGGUCUGGGAAACAUGACAUUGAUCAACAUCUAUGGAGAGAAUCCAGCUGAUAUGUCAGAUAUCCUGCAGAUUGUUGUUCAGGCUUUCAUGAGGAUGAAGAGAGUUAAACUUUCUCCAAGUUGUGUGUUUGUUCACCAGAAUGUUGCAGAUAUUUCAGCUGCAGAGAAAAACAUGGAUGGAAAAAGACGACUGCAAGAAAAACUGGACCAGAUGGCCAAACUGGCUGCUGAAGAGGAGGUUUGUGAUGCUGACUGCUUCAGUGAUGUUAUUUCAUUUGAUGUGAAGGAAGAUGUGAAAUACUUUGCCCAACUGUGGGAGGGAAGUCCACCCAUGGCUCCUCCAAAUCCAGGUUAUAGUGAAAGCGUCCAAGAGCUGAAGAACUUCAUCCUCUCAAAAGCAUCACAGUCUGCUGGGACGACUCUCUCAAAGUUCAGAAGCAACAUAAAGGACCUGUGGAAUGCUCUGAUGAACGAACACUUUGUGUUCAGCUUCAAAAACACACAGGAAAUUUCAGUGUACAGAAAACUCGAAGUCCAGUAUGGGAACUGGACCUGGACCCUGAGGAGCAACAUGUUGACGAUUGAGAACCAGCUUCAUAACAGAAUUGAAAAUGGAAAACUUGACAAGGUUGAGAUCAGAUAUCUUCAUAAAGAAAUGAGCAAAACAUAUGAAGAAAUCAAAAAAGGGAUGAAAACGUUCUUUGAUGAUGACAAAGACAAACAAAUGUUGGUUCAGUGGCAAGGACGAUAUAAAAAAAAAAUCGAAGAGUUUCAUGAUGAACAGAUGAGAGAAGUUAAAAGAAAACUGGAUGAGAUCAUCCAACAGAGGAAGGCUUGUAAAAAGAUGGAUGACAAGAAAACAGAGUUUGAGAACAAGCUGCUACAAAAGAGCAAAGAACUCGCUCAUCAGUUAAAAGACAAGGACAUAGAUGAAAAGGAACCUCAAAAGCAGUUCAACAGUGUUUGGAGCAGCUGGGUUACUGAGUUAACUGGAGACACAAAACCUAUUGAGGACAUCAAGUUGGAAGACGACCAGUUUGAGAUCCUGCAAGAACUUGGUUUUGAACAGAGUCUUAUAGAUGAAUCCAAAACCUGCGGCAGAUACAAAAAGAUAUCAGAGAUUGGAGAUUAUCAUCAUUAUGUGACCCCAAAGAAGAGCCAUAAAUCGGUAUCUAAAGUACAGAAAACAGUGCUACAUUUCAUGAGUAAGUCCCUUUCGUGUGAAGAACAAAACCUGAUCAGAUCCUUCAUUGAAGAUGUUGAACAACAGUCCCUUCAUUUAAUUAAGAGCAAACCUGUAGCUACAAGAGGCUACAGUUCCACUUACCUGCAGGAAGUGGCCAAGAAUGUCAGAGAGAAAGUGACAGAGUUUGAAUCAAAGAGGAAAUAUGCUCUUAAGAAGGAGUUUAUAGUUGAUCUCUUACUGUAUAUGUUUGACAAGGCAGGAAGUUGGAUUUCAGAGUCCCACAAGACAUUCCAGAAGAACAACGAUGCACUCGCUUAUUUAGAAAGCAAGAAAAUACAACAUUACAACAUUUUCAGAAGCUUCUUCAAAGGAAACUCUUCUGCUGUUGUUCUUGGAGAACUGAUCUGUGAAAAACUGAAAAUUUCUACUGUUGAAGCUGUUUGUAACAAGACCGCCAUUGAUCUCGCUGGAGAGAUGAGGUGCCGUUUCCCAGCAUUCAAUGGGAACAGGCUGGACUUGGAGAAACAUGUGUUGAAGUCACUGGCAGAGAAAGAAGACUUUGAUGGUUUCAUAAACUACAUUUAUCACCCAAGAAACCAAACAGAGAGUUUUAUAAAAGAGGAAGUAGAGAAAUACAUCUUCACAGAACACAAAGAUGAAGCACUGAAGAUACUCAAGAAAAAUGUUGAAGACAUCAAUAAACUUGUGAGGCGAGCUUUGUUCACUGCAACAGACAAAGUCAAAACUCAGAGAGGAGACAUUGACAUGUGGCUGAAGGAAUUUUCCAGUUUGCUAGAAGAUGAGCUAACAUUCGACAGGAUUAGUUCUCAAAACUUCAGUGACAUAAAACAUUUUGACUUUCUUAAAGAAGCGAUAGAGAAAGGACUUGCAUCCAUCAUUAGAGAGCUGAGCAGCCUCUCAUUGGAUAAGAUGAAGGAAUUCAGACUGAAGCCAGAUCAAAUCCUCAUUGAUCAGCUGUGUAAGUGCUGCUGGGUAACGUGUCCGUUCUGUGCAGCUGUUUGUACCAACACCCUGGAAAAUCACAUUCCUGAUGAUCACAGCACGCCAUUUCAUCGAUCAGGUGCAAUCAGAGGAUGGCACUACAGAAACACAGUGGAGAUGAGCAUCAAUUUCUGCACAACAAAAGUUGCAAGUGAUAGAUGUUUUCGCCCUCGUCCUGACUCAGAAGAGUCCAUUCCCUUUAAACUUUACCGAACUGCUGGUCCAGAAUAUGCUAACUGGAGAAUUACCCCUGAUGAGUCUAAGCUGCCAUACUGGAAAUGGUUUGUGUGUCGAUUUCAGGAGCAGCUGGAAAACCACUAUAAGUUAAAAUUCCAGGACAGAGGUGAAAUUCCCAGCGAGUGGACGAGAUGCUCUAAAGAUGAAGCCAUUAAAAGUCUGGAUGAAAUGUGUCAGUGAGUCAACACAACACAACUACAACUCUGCUGAAAAUAUGAUACUGUUCUGUUUGAUCAACCAAAGUGCUACAAAACAGUGUUUUCAGGUUUAUGUUGAUGUUAUGAUUGACAGGUGAAUUUAUAUGUGAGUAAUAAAUGUGAACAGUCAGUGAACUAAUACAUACAGGAAGCUUUCUGACUGCUGAACAAACAUCUGAUUGAAAUCAACACGUAAAACAAAACAACAAAAACUAUUUGAAGGAUUUUGUGUUUCAUAAAAACUUAACAUUAAUUAACAUUAAUUUAUCAUCUACAAAGUCAGUUAGUCUGGAAAUGCUGAUAGUUUCCAUAAAUAUAAAAGCAGAACAGAAUAUGCUGUUUGUUUGUUUGUUUGUUUGUUUUUCAAAGAAAGAGGAUUGAUGUAUCUACUUUGUGUUGUAUAAGAUGAGUCAAAGGAUAUUUUAAUUAAAUCAGAACACAUGAAGUUUAAAGUUAAGAUUUGUGAUGUUUGAUGAGACGCAUGUUGUAAGAAACUAUUUUUAUCUGUUUAAUAAUCAAAAAUGUCAAAAAAAAUCAUGUCAAAGAAAUCUGCAGAAACUUACAACAUAAAAACAUUUAAGUUGAGUCAUGUUGCAGAACUUAUCAAACAUAAUUAAUGAAUAAUUAAUGAAGAUGAUUUAUGUUUGUAAAGUAUUUGACGUGUUCAGUUGUGUAAUGUUUAUCUGUUUUCAACCAUUCUGUUAUUAUAUGUAUAUUAAUGUUUUUAUAGUUUUCAGUGAACUUCUGCUCUGUUUUAGCUCUUUGAACAUCCAGAGUUUAUGUAAACUGUGUCAAUUAUUUUAAUAUUUCUAAAGAUUUCAUCAUUUAUUAAAUUGAUCAUUCAGUGACAGAACAAAAAUAAAAGUAUGUUAUCAACAAGCAUAAUGAUUCAUAAUAAAAACUAAUACUUCAUAUCUGCUGAAGGACCAGAUUAAUGUUACUGAAAUGAAAGUCUGUAUUAACUCAUUUAACACCUGCUAUAGACCACAGACUGUUUAUGCUUUUGUGUAUUUUUCCACAUUCAGGUGUUUUUUAUUGUAUCAUGUGAUGCUGCACAUCUCAAAAACCAGCAACAAAUCUGACAACAUGAAAUAUCACCUUUA